AUGACGAACCAGGCAUCGCCCGUUGAGGAGCAGGAGAAGCUCCUUGAAGAAGCAUUAAAUGUUGUUAAAGUCCAGGCCUUUCAAAUGAAACGAUGCCUCGACAAGUCAAAGUUGAUGGAUGCUCUAAAGCAUGCAUCUACAAUGCUGGGAGAGUUAAGAACUUCAUUGUUAUCACCAAAGAGUUACUAUGAACUAUAUAUGGCGAUAACUGAUGAACUCCGUCACCUAGAGCUAUACCUCUUGGAAGAGUUUCAGAAAGGUCGCAAGGUUGCAGAUCUCUAUGAGCUGGUGCAGUAUGCUGGUAACAUUGUGCCCAGGCUUUAUUUGCUUAUCACUGUUGGUUUGGUAUAUAUCAAAACUAACUCUAACUUGAGGAGAGAUUUGCUCAAGGAUUUAGUAGAGAUGUGUCGAGGAGUGCAGCAUCCUCUUCGCGGAUUGUUCCUCAGGAAUUAUCUGCUGCAGUGCACUAGGAACGUGUUGCCUGAUACUGCGGAGGCGCAGAAUGAAAACGAGGGCACCGUGAGAGACGCAAUUGAUUUUGUCCUCAUGAAUUUUGCUGAAAUGAAUAAAUUGUGGGUGAGAAUGCAGCAUCAAGGACAUUCGAGGGAUAAAGAGCGUCGAGAACGCGAACGUUCUGAGCUUCGGAUUCUAGUGGGAACGAAUCUAGUUCGUCUGUCGCAGCUGGAGUCCGUCACUGUCGAUGAUUACAGAAGACUCGUGUUGCCCGGUAUACUAGAACAAGUGGUCAGCUGUAGAGACGCUAUCGCGCAGGAGUAUCUUAUGGAGUGCAUCAUACAGGUGUUUCCAGAUGAAUUCCACUUAGCGAACCUUCAACCGUUCCUAAAGUCAUGUGCUGAGUUGCAACCGGGUGUUAACAUUAAGAACAUUAUCAUUGCUCUCAUCGAAAGACUUGCUACUUACAGCCAGAGAAAUGAAGGAAACAUCAACUUAAGCGUGGUCAUGGAAGAUGGUAAGGAGCAAGAGGUCCAACUAUUUGAGGUAUUUUCCGAUCAAGUCGCUGCAAUUACACAGAGUCGUACUGACAUGCCUCCGGAGGACAUGUUAAGUUUGCAGUUGGCAUUACUGAAGCUAGCGCAACGCUGCCACCCUGACAAACUUAACUACGUAGACCGAGUGCUCGCUCACACUGAUAAGAUAUGCAUAGACAUACAUCAGAACAGUGGCAAAACUCAUUUGGAACAUAACACGCCAGUCUUCAAGGAACUAAUGAAGAUAUUGAAGCUACCAGCUGAUCAUUAUAAGAAUAUUUUGACGCUGAUAAAGUUGCAAAACUAUUCUCUCCUUAUAAAGCAUUUAAAUUAUCCCGGAAGGACCAUGAUAGCAGUACAUCUCAUAAACGACGUAUUGGAGUCUGACAUAAUGAUAUCUACACCGGAGAAUGUGGAUGCGGUUCUAUCUAUGGUGGAUGUUCUUGUAAAAGAUCAACCGGACCAGCAAACCGGGGAACCAGAUAUGGAAGACUUUAUGGAAGAACAGGGACUGUUGGCGCGAUUGAUCCACCAUUUCAAAUCUGAAUCAGCUGAUCAACAGUAUUUGAUAUUGAGCGCGGCGAGGAAAGCAUUACAGAGUGGAGGCGCUCGUCGUAUACAGCACACGUUCCCGCCUAUAGUAUUCCACGCGUAUAGACUAGCCUUUACAUAUAAAGACUUGAAGGAUCAGGACGAAAUGUGGGAGAAGAAAUGCCAAAAGAUAUUCCAGUUUUGCCAUCAAACUAUCACAAUGCUUGCAAAAGCGGAAUUGGCUGAGCUACCGUUGAGAUUAUAUCUACAAGGAGCCUUAGCUAUAAGCGAGAUAGGUUUCUCCAAUCAUGAAACAAUAGCUUACGAGUAUUUAUCUCAAGCAUUCUCUCUAUACGAAGAUGAAAUAUCAGACAGCAAGGCACAGUUGGCCGCAAUUACUCUCAUAAUAGCUACAUUUGAACAGAUCAAUUGUUUCGGUGCUGAAAACGCGGAACCUAUGCGAACGCAAUGCGCAUUAGCAGCGAGUAAAUUGCUGAAGAAACCCGAUCAGAGUAGAGCGGUCGCUCUGUGCGCACAUUUGUUCUGGAAAGGACCUAAAGAUGGGAAACAGUGGCCGCUGAAUGAUGCCAGUCGAGCAUUGGAAUGUUUAAAGAAAGCGGCUCGAGUUGCUCAACAGUGUAUGGAUGGAGGGGUACAAGCUCAGCUACUCGCUGAACUGUUGGGAAGAUACGCGCUCCUGAGGGAGAGGGGAAAUGCUGCCACCACCACCGCAUUGAUAGACGCGGUAAUUCAGAAAAUACGCGAGGAAUUAGCGAAUUUAGAUCAGUCCGAAGAAGUAGAGCAGAUUACGAAACAUUUUCACAAUACGCUGCAACACGUCAAGAAUAGAAUGGAGUGUCCCGAUCCUGACGGACUCGGCUAUGAAGGUCUAGUUCUGUCUUAGAUAUAAAUUUAAUCUAAUAUUUUGACUGACAACUUUUUUCGGUCCAAUAGAUGUCAUCACUAUUUAAAAAUACUACUUAACAUGUGUAAAUAAAAUUGAAAAAUUUGUCUCACUUUGAAUUUGAAUUCUUAUUAAGAACAUAUUAGAGCUUAAAAUCAAAGAAAUUGUAACCUUCUGUGCAUUUGCAAUGAUAUGUGAGACAAUGACGAGUGGGUUUGUGUGUGGAAGUUAUUGAUUUCUCUUUAUUUUAUACUCUAGCGAAAGAGAUGUCAAUAGUUUUCGUAUUAACAUCUUAUACGUGUACGCAGGAUCUGGCAUUAGAGUGAUGCAUAUUUUUGAUGAAAUACAUUUCAUUUGCAAUUUAUCAAAUAUGAAUGUGUUUAUAUAAUUCGGCAUAUAAAUUUAAUUACGAUUAUUUAAGUGAUAUGCUUAAACUUAUUAUUAUUAACUUUGAGUUAAGAUAGGAAUGUAAUAAAUGUCACAUACAUUCCUAUGGUUAUUUUUUCUAUAUAUAUAGUCACAGAAGGAAAAAUGCAACAGUUUAUUUAAACUUAAUUUCCAAGUGAGUAAGGUUUAAAAUUAAUUAGAUUUAUUGAUUUUCGGUCGAUUGUAAUAGUGUUGUAUCGUUUUAUAGAUCUGUCAAACAUAUAUCUGUUUGUAUAUGUUUGAAACUAUAUACAUAUCUAUAUAAGUUAUUAUAGAUUUUUAAGUUUAAUGAAUUUAUCCUUUAUUUAUUUUCAUCUUAUAAAUCUGUGCAAAUAACAUCAUAUUAAUAAAGCAAUAAAUAUUAUAUUGUU